AUGUGCUGCCCCACAGUUGCUUCAGUAUGCAGUAAUACCGGAGGUCGUCCUGUUGAUUCUAUACGCCAUACCAAUUUCGAUCCAGGAAUGAGUAUGAAGAGAAGCUUUAGUCUUUCCUUCUCUACAUCUAGCAGGUAUUAUUAUGAUGCGGAGCAAGGUCGCUGCAUAGCCUUCACAUACAAUGGAGCACUAGGAAACUUCAACAAUUUCAAAUCAGCC